AUGGAGGUAGAAGAGAACGCCUCGGAUAGAUGUCGUUGGCUAAAAUUCAACUGGAAAUGGGGCCAAAUCGGAAGAGUUAGGCUUGGUAUUUUCCUCCGCUUCAACCCGGUUGUCACGUUUCUGUCCGCCGCAAUCAUUUGGUCUUUUGUGAUUUGGUGCGCAGUCCGAGCCGAAGCCUCAAAAAAAGAGAUGUCCAAAUGGAUGUUGUGGAUUACAGAGGUCUUCACGUGGAUGUAUAUUGGUACCUCGGAUAUCUGGGUACUGUUCCUAGUGGUACUCUACUUCUCCAAGUAUGGAAACAUGAAACUUGGAAAGCCAGCUGACAAACCGGAGUUUUCUGAUCUGACCUACUUUACUAUGCUGUUCGCCGCCGGUGUCGCAAUUGGGCUGUUCUAUUAUGGAGUAGCUGAACCCAUUUGGCAUUAUAUACCUGGGGAUUAUGGGAAUCGCUACUGGGGAAGGUACAGCGAUAAUCAGCGUGCCCAGGAUGCCAUCAACUUGACCUUGUUUCACUGGGGUGUCCAUGGAUGGGUGGUAUAUGCCGUAGUGGGUCUUCUUUUGGCUUUUGUAGGUUACAGAAAAGGCCUACCCAUGACCAUCCGUUCUUGCUUUUACCCUCUCAUUGGCGACAAGAUCUACGGCUGGAUGGGUGAUGCGGUGGACAUUUUCUCUGUAGUGUGCAUCAUGUUUGGAGUUUGCACCAGCCUUGGCAUUGGUGUCAUGCAAAUAAACGGUGGUUUAAAGCGUCUAAUCACCUCAAUCGAAUACUCCACUACCAACCAGAUUAUCAUCAUUUGGGCCGUCACAGCCUGCGCAACAGCCUCUGUGGUGAGCGGCUUGAAAGUUGGAAUCCGUCGGCUGAGCGAGAUUUGCUUCACCCUUGGUAUGUUCAUCAUGCUUAUUUGUGUAUUUGCCGACAACACUUGGCAUGCAUUGAACGUCUACGUGCAGAGCCUUGGUUACUACAUGCAAUGGAUCGUCCAACUUGGCUUCCACACAGAUGCCUUCGCACAGCUGAGAAAUGCACCGGAUGGAAAGCAAGCUGAGCGUUGGUUUAAUGACUGGACCAUAUUCUACUGGGGAUGGUGGAUAGCCUGGUCCCCAUUCGUGGGCAUGUUCAUCGCGAAAAUCUCUAAAGGAAGAACUAUCCGACAAUUCAUUAACGCCACAAUGACAGCUCCAAUCCUUUACGUUUUCCUGUGGCUUUGCGUCUUUGGCAGUGCAGGCCUGAAGAUGGAGCGUAAUGCCACACUGGCAAACAUCACGUGCUCUUCUCCGAAGGGAGGGACAGGUGCGACUUCCUCUUUGAAUGGCCUGUACCGUUUGUCUUGCCGACAAACUACUGACAUGUGGUUUGAUGUUAUGGAAGGGUAUGGAGACCUCGGAACGUUCCUUUCUGUCAUCUCACUUAUCAGUAUCAUUAUUUAUUUUGUAACCAGUUCCGAUAGUGGUUCACUUGUGAUUGAUUGCCUGUCAGCAAAUGGAGAUCCAGAACCUCCUGUAAUGCAGCGCAUCUUCUGGGCUUUGACAGAGGGUGCAACAGCUACAGCUCUGCUGAAUGCUGGCGGCGAAGAGGGCCUUGUAGCCUUGCAGUCUAUGUCAAUAGCAUCCGGUGUCCCAUACACCAUACUGCUAUGUUUUAUGUGUGUGGCGUUAUGGCGGGCUCUGAAGAUAGAAGCUGGCGACCUCGAUCCAAAUGGUCCUCAAUUCACCACCAGUCUCUUAGAAGUCCUGAGCAAUCCAACGCCACAGAGCGUCGGCAGGGUCCUGUUGGCCAUCAUUGCACCGUGGUACCCGAUGGGAAAUGCUGCCUACAGGAUUGAAAGAGGAAAACAUGGAAGAUGGUGGUACAUGACGAUCAUGGCAGUCUUAUUUUACCUCUGGGUCAUCCUUAUGGCAUUGGAGCCUGUGGUGGAUGCCAUAUGGUACGUCGGGUGGGCCAUACUGAUAGGAUUCUUCUCUUAUGCUACCUCAAUCCGUUACUCCAUCCGGGAGGAAUACAACAUCUAUGGUAAUCCUGUCGAAGAUUUCUUCGCUGUGAUGAUAGUGUACCCGUUUGCAGCAUACCAGAUGGAACACCAUGUGGAUAACGCUAAUAAACUGGACUUACCCUUAAGUGACCCGGGUAAGUUUAAUGAUCCAGAGCGAGCAAAACCAGGCCCGGCCAAUAACAUUGAGACGCCUUCGAUGACAAAGGAGAACCUGUCUUCCAAGGGGCAUCACAACAAUGCAAUGGAAAGUUUUCCGGAUGUAUUACCUGGUUACAUAAAAACUCCUGAGGCCAGCAGGGGCAGCAGUGAUUGGAAUCAUAUAGAUACCGCCAAUAGGCUGGACCAGCCCCGUCAGGACGUGGAAAACCCGAAUGAUCCCGAUGAAGCAAGACGAGGCUCGACUAAUAGCAGGAGGAGUCCACACCUAAGGAAUAACUUUGCCGCGAGGGAUAACACGGCAAGUCGUGCAAGUCUCUCCUCGACAACCGAGUGGGAUGCAGUUUAA